AUGAAAGUUAUUUUUGCAUUAGUUUUAUUAUUUAUUGCAUUUGUUAAUGCCCAAAGAUCAUAUCCAGCAUUACCAUUAGUUUUCACUUCCGAUGUCAAAAUCACCACCGAAAACUCUCAAAUGCCAUUUCCACAAACAGUAGAAGGCCGUUUAUACUACGAUUACAAUGCUCAAACACAAAGACAAGAUGCCGUCGUCCCAUGGCAAGGUAUUACCGCCUCAAAACUCGAUAGAUUCGAUCAAAUGAAUACUUACAGUUAUGUUCAAGGCCAAUCCCAAUGCGAGUGUGAUGUUUUAACUGGUACUUUACCAUUAUAUUCAGUUUUACCAGGCAGUACCUACAGUGGUCAACAAAAUAUUGACGGUAUUGACUGUGAAGUUUGGAGUUUCCUUUUAAUGCAAGGUGUUAACAUCUCUCUUUACGUCGAUCCAUCACGUGAAGUUUUAGUCCAAAGUACUAUGAUCACCAACCAAAAUGGUAUGCAAUUCACCACCACUAUGUCUUUCUCAAAUCUUGAUACCAGUGCUAUUGAUUCAUCAAUUUUUGAACCACCACAAUUCUGUAACUGUCCAACCCCAGCCCCACCAGUUACCCCAGCUCCAAACGCUUGCCCAAGCAAUCCACCACAAGGUUGUGAAUGUCUUUCAUCACCAUUAAACUUCUGCUCAGGUGUCAACUACCCAAUUACCUCAAACUUAGGUAUCCAAGAUACUGACUCAAUGAUCCAAGGUAUGUUCAACAACUUUGUUCAAUUAUCACAACCAUCUGCUGAUUGUCAAAACAACAUGAAAGCUUUCCUCUGUGCCACCCUUAUUCCAUUAUGUAUCUCUGAACCAAUCCCAGUUCUUCCAUGUGCCUCCCUCUGCCCAAGUUGCUCAUGUGGUGGUUCAGGUAACAACACUUGUGCUGCUGCUUUACCAUCAUCAAAUGUUUGCACCCAAUAUGGUCAAGGUUUCUGUUAA